CCUUUGCUCUCCUUUCCUUUCUUCGGUUCUCCAUUAAGUCAUCUCUCUACCUCCAAAUGGCAGGAAAACAAGCUGAAGAGACUCCAGGAGCCCUGAAAUUUCAGACAUGGGUCUUGAAAGUCUUUAUCCAUUGCGAUGGCUGCAAGAAGAAGGUGAAGAAAGUUCUUCAAGGAAUCGAUGGUGUUUUUAUGACGGACAUAGAUUCUCAGCAGCACAAGGUCACCGUAACUGGCAGCGUGGAUGCUGACACUCUCAUCAAGAAACUGGUGAGCAAAGGGAAACGUGCUGAGCUCUGGCCACAAAAGCCUGAGAAGAAAGACAAAAAGGCUGGAAAAUCAAAGAACAAUGAGAAAGAAAAGGACCCUGGAGAAGGUGAAGAAAUUGAUGAUGAUGGCGAUGAGCCUCUAGAAGGGGACAAAAUGGGCAGUCAGGAAAUCGAGGGAACCGGUGGAGAAAAUGGCAGCGGAGGUGGAGGGAAAAAGAAGAAAAAGAAAGGGAAAAAAGGCAAUUCUGGAAAUGGCGGAGGCGAUAGCAACCCCAGUGAGACACCUGCAGGUCCUGCAUCUGCUAAUGCUAUGGCUACUACUCCAGACCCGGCCCUGCCUAUGGCAUCAAUGAAUCUCCCUCCGUUUCAGCCUCCGUAUCCAUACCAGCCCAUGUAUUAUACACCUCCAAUGUUCGGAAUGAGUUACAAUACGGCAUAUCCUAGAGCAAGCACUUCAUACUAUGCUCCUCCCAUGCACGCCAUCUCUUAUCCGCCACCUCCACCACCGUCUUACCCAAUCAGAAACCACGGCGAGGAUGAUUAUGAUGAGGAUGGAGUUAUAAGCUGUGCAAUUAUGUGACCAUGGAAGGUCCAAAGGGACAAAGUCACAUAAUGCUUAGAGUAUGUUGGUAUGGGUGUGAAAAGGAAAGGAGAGGCAAAAGGGAUUAAUUUUGUAUGAUCCAAAGCUAGAGUAUAAUUAAUUAAUUAAAUUAUAUAUUUCUGGGGGAAGAAAUAAAUGUUUGUAAUGGGAGUUUGGAUUUUGGAGGCUUUGUAUAAUUCCUUAGGGUUUGUUUGGUUGUGUUAAAUCUGUAGGGACUUGAAAAUCUCUCUUUCCCUCUUUCUUAUGUGUAAAGGAGAGUUUCUGUUUUGUAAUUGUCCCUUUCUUUCUCUCAAUUUCUGAAGGAAAGAGCCCAGACUGUUAAAAUAAAUGCAUGAAAAUGUU